AUGCACAACUGCCCCAUCUCAUAUUGGCACUGGGCCUAUGUUGAUCUAGAGUGCAAUUACAGGAGACUGUCUGAGCUUGAGCUUCGCACCGACGAGCUUCAGGAGCGCCUCAGAUCAUCGAGCCAUCACCCCGAGGCGGCGGCGACUGUGCCCCAGUCGUCUUGGGCGGCUGUUAAUGACCUGCGGACCGUCAACGCCGAGUCCGAAAGUCGUCUGGCGUCGGUCGCACCUUUCUUUAGAGACGCCGCCAUUGCCCCAGUCUCAUUUCGAUCGUUUUCUCAAGCGGCCGCCGAAUCUCUGCAGACUCCGGAAAGUCUCGCUCAUGACUAUCAACCCGCAGGCAGCACUUUGCCACGGUGUCUGGAAGGACAAUCCGUCGAUUCUAAGGAUAUCGACGCGAUGUUUCGGCUGUAUUUCCGCGACUACGCCAGUCUUGUUCCCAUUCUCGAUCCUACGAUUUCACCGAAUGCAUAUUACAACCUCUCUCCCUUACUCUUCUGGGCCAUAAUCGGCGUCUCAUGCCGUACCUAUUCUAGAAACCCGACGCUCAUUUCGGUCUUGCCAGCCAAGAUCAAGACCAUGGCGCUGAUGUCGCUCAACGCGACCAUCACUUUGCCCGUCGUGCAAGCGUUACUUCUGAUCUUGUAUUGGCCCUUCCCAAAAUCAGGCAACGGACACGACAUGACCUACCCGCUUAGUGCCGCUGUGUUACACAUGGCAAUGCAAAUUGGAUUACAUGUGCCGGUCGCAAGUCACGAGUUCAGCAAAAUUCCGGUCAAACUGACUGAAGACGAACUAAAAAUCCGUGCUGAGACUUGGGGAUAUUGUACACUUGUCUAUCAACGUGGUUGCUGUUUCAAGGGAAGCCCGCCAACGCCGAUGCUCGAUGUGCCACACGACCUCGAACAGCGGCGGGCAUUGUUUCAGAGGAUAUCGCCGAAACUGAAGUUCGAGCUGAAACUACAGGAUGUAGUCACGAGAUGCUGCAUUGCCGCCUCGCAGAACGGGCUCUGGACAAUGACUGCUGAUCAGGAAAGGUCGCUGGACACGUUGUUGAAUGUCUUCCAGGCGCAGAUUUCCAGUGUCGCGCUGGAAGACUCUUCCGACCUUGACCAACUCUACGUGUACAUUGCGACCCUCACGAUCCAAGUCUUCAAUUUGUACAAAUCCCCAAUGGCACACGAUCCGACUUCGCUUUAUGAUCUGUGUGCCUCGUGCUGUCAGGUAAUUGAAUCCUUUGACAAUUUAGACAAGUCGGGACAAGUUUGCCUGGCCGGCGCCGGGCUCUACUUCUUCUACAGCUUGAUGGUGACCAGCCACGUUCUCUUACGAUUGCUCAAGACCUCUCUCAGCCGAUAUAUCGAUGUCGAGAGGGCGAAAACCGCACUCUUUCUGGGAAUCAGCCUCCACAAACGCAUGUCAGUCCAGAAUGACGACCUCCCGGCCCGUAAUGGCGUCGCCUUGACCCAGCUCUGGAACAGUAAUCGCGUCUUCAAGAGACCUAAUGGGACCGAGGUGGUGGCAUUGCGUAUCCGGAGCCGCCUGACGGGCAGCGUCGUUUUGGACGGGAUUGUCUGGUGGAGGGAAGAAUUCGGGGGAUUCAUGGGCGUCUACCCGCCACCUUUGGGUGACAAUCGGACUGAAGAUGCUUCCGGAAUCGAAGCGGCCAACGAGACGAAUCCAACUGCUCAAGAUGAUGGCUCGAUGCCGGUGGCAACUAAGCCCGACUACUCGACCUUUUUGGAUGAUCCAAUGCUGACCGAAUUUGGCUGGCCUGUCACAGAGGAUGUCUUCUCUUCUAUAUGGACCGACGGUCCAAUUGCCACGAUAUGA